AUGUUUUAUAAUUUCUUAAAUUCGUUAGUUUUUCUUCCUGCUAGUUUUACUUUAACUUAUAUGUGAAAUUUUGGUAGCAUAUUGGGUGUUAUGUUGAUAUCUCAGAUUUUUACUGGUUUUUUUUUAACUUUUUAUUAUUCAACGAAUGCUGCAUUUAGCACUGUGCAAUAUGUAAUGUUUGAAGUUAAUUUUGGAUGAUUUAUCCGCAUUAUACAUUCUAAUGGUGCCUCUAUAUUUUUUUUUUUUAUUUAUUUGCAUAUUUUUAAAGGUUUAAUUACUGGCAGAUAUCGUCUUACUAAUGUUUGACUAAGAGGGGUUUUUAUCUAUUUUUUUUUGAUGGGUAUUGCUUUUACUGGAUAUGCUUUAAUUUGAGGUCAAAUGAGUUAUUGGGCUGCUGUUGUGAUUACUAGUUUGGUGACUUCUUUGCCUUUUAUUGGUAAAUAUUUAGUUUGAUGAAUUUGGGGCGGUUUUAAUGUUUGUGAAAAUACUUUAAAGUUUUUUUAUUCAAUUCAUUUUAUUUUACCUUGAUUUUUGUUGAUUUUAAUGAUUAUUCAUUUAUUUUUUUUACAUUUUACUGGAUCUAGUUCUAGACUUUAUUGUCAUGGUGAUUAUGAUAAAAUUCAUUUUUUUCCAUAUUUUUGAUUGAAAGAUAGUUUAGAUAUUUUUUUUUAUUUUUUUUUAAUUUUAUUUGGCCUAUAUUUUUCUUUUAAUUUAAGUGACCCUAUGAUUUUUGUAGAGUCAGACUCUAUAGCUAGUCCUAUACAUGUUGUUCCUGAGUGAUAUUUUUUAUUUGCUUUUACUAUUUUACGUUCUGUUCCUAAUAAAUUAUUUGGUGUUAUUUUGAUGCUUAGUUCUGUUUUUUUAUUAAUAGUUCUUGUUUGACCUGGGGGGUAUUAUUCUAUUUUAGAUAAUAUUUUAUGUUUUUUUGUAUUAUGUUUUAUUUGAUUUUUUUUUUGGUUGACUUGGGCAGGGCAUUAUCCUACUGAUUAUCCUUUUAAUUAUUUUAAUUUAUUUUGUACUUUUUUGUAUUUUUUUUGUAUUUUUUUU